AUCCCCACUCAUUUUACCAUUUUACCCUUGCCCGUUGAUCUCAACGGUCAUCUUCUCCUCCAUAUAUAAUCUCCCUUGGUUCUUAACCCACCGGAUUCUCCCGCAAACUCCCCUCUGGACCCACUGGUUUUCUUUUCACCAUCAAUCCUAAUCUCUCCCCUGUUUUGACCCGACCCCACCGCUAGAUCCGCUUCAGCCGCAACCUUCCAUCUCCAUCUCUGUUUCUCUCUUUCUUCCAACCUUCCAACCCUAACCAUCAAUCGUCAUUCAUCGCCACUCUUCAAUGGAGUUUCAGAUUGCCUUCAACCGUCCAUUCUGAGAGAAAAAUGGACAAUGUUGAAAUUUCUCCCCUGCUUUAGGGAUGUGCAGGAUUUUGCAUUCGCAUUCGCAUUCGUCUCUGAGUUUUGAUCCCGCUGAACGAUAGUUUAUAUACAUAUAUUUAUAUGCAUGUCUGAUUUGGUGGCCCGCACCGGACGGCAGCAGCAGCGGUACGAUGCCGGUUGUCGCCUUAUUGCUGGGUGUAUUCCUUUUAGGUAUAGAAGUUCCGAAGGGAGUAGUGAUGAAGUUUCGGAUAAAGUCGUGGAGGUGCUUAUGAUUGACACGCCUAGUGGCCCGGGUCUUUUGUUCCCGAAGGGAGGCUGGGAGAAUGACGAGACGGUGGAGGAGGCUGCUGUAAGGGAAGCUAUCGAAGAGGCCGGAGUUCGUGGUGAACUUAUGGGGUUCUUAGGAAUCUAUCACUUCAAGAGUAAAACACAGCAAGAUGAGUUCAGUCCAGAAGGAUUGUGUAGAGCAGCAAUGUAUGCUUUGUUUGUGAAUGAGGAGCUUGAGUCAUGGCCGGAGCAGAACACAAGAAACAGAAGCUGGGUGACCAUUCCUGAGGCCAUUGAAAGCUGCAGGCACGCGUGGAUGAGAGAUGCCCUUGUCAUUGGUUUCAACAAAUGGCAUGCACAACAUAUGAACGAUGAAUCUUGACAUCAUCCAACCCAACCCGACCCAGCCACAUGUAAGCACAUUUCCUUUCAACUACGCUGCAAUAUUAUGAAUCUUUGAGGAACUAACACUGAUUUCUUUCAAGAUUUUUAUUUAUAUACAGGCAGGCAAUGUUUUGGUUGCUCAUUUAUUAUAAUUUCUGUACUACUGACCCCUUCAAUUUGGAGGGCAUUCAAUAUUAUUUUUAUAUAAGCACCACUUCCAGCUUCCUUGAAUUGAAGCUUUU